GGAGCAGGCAGCCAAGUGCUGUGGCACUCAACAGGUACUGACAGAUCUCUGCCCACGUUUUUGCAGUCAGCGGCGUAGAUGGCGUUCGUCCCCGAUUUGGACACGCUGGAGAGCAGCAGCCUGAAUGAGGAGACGUUUUAUGGCCCCGACUGCCUCUGCCCGCAGAAGGUAACACCGGGUUGGUGGGAACGGCAAGACACCCGUGAUGGGGAAGCCGAGCUCUCACCCCACAUCUCCUUUCCUCCCCAGAAACCCUGCCUGGACUCAGAGGGGACAUCACCCGGGGUGGACAUCCAGGUCACAGUGACCAAGGGACACCCUGCCAGGACCUUUCGCCAAGCUGCCGUCCUUGUGGUGGCCGUGACCAAGCUCCAGAAGCAGCCGGUGCACAAGGACUUUGCCGACAGUGACCUUGGGGGCUUCCUGGAGGAUAUUUUCGAGCCCAUCUCCUUCCAGCAGAUCGAGGACACCUAUGCCAGGGCGCCUGUCUAUCGCUACACCCGCUCCCAGUCCUUCGACAUCCUCGACCUUGACCACAAGUGCUUUGUGCUGGAGUCGCCCACCCAGCUGGUGGCCCUGCACCUGCAGGGACCCUCUGCCAGAUGGAAAGUGAAGCUCAACAUCGCUCUGUACCGUCCCCGGUCAUCGCAGGGUGGCCCAGCGACUGGGCGGAUGCCGGUGGCCUUGGGCAUUAAGGGUUACCAACUCUACAUGUCGUGUGUGAUGAGCGGCACUGAGCCCGUGCUGCAGCUGGAGGAAGCUGACAUCAGGAAGGACAUUGAGAGCAUGGAGCUGACCCGCUUCAUCUUCUUCCGCCUGGACAGCCCGGGUGAUGGGACCACCCGCUUCGAGUCAGCUGCCUUCCCUGGCUGGUUCAUCUGCACCUCCCUGCAGCCCCGCCAGCCUGUUGGCAUCACCAACCAGCCCGACCAGGUCAACAUUGCCACCUACAAGCUGAGUGGGCGCUGA